CCUUUUUUUGUUUACCCUUCACUUUCACACUUGGUCUCUGUUCUUGCUUGACGCAUGAACUUCCCUUAAUAUCUUUUUAUUUUUAUUUUUAAAUAAACAUAUAAAUAUAUAUUUAAUUUAUUAAAUAUAUAAAUAUAAAUAUAUAUAUAUAUACAUAUAUAUACAUUAUACAGAAUAUAGAGCAAUAAAAAAAAGUUUCUUACAUUCAUCUCAUUACAAUGACCUCUGACAUUGCCGAACGUACGGCCCUUGCAAGACGCGAGGCCGAGUCCUUGAAAGCAAAGAUUAAACAACGACAAGAAGCCAUGGUUGAUACCUCUUUACAACAAUUGGCCGAGAAACAGAUCAAACCUAUUGGACGUACUGUCCUAAAAGUACGGCGCACAUUAACUGGCCAUUUGGCAAAGAUUUAUGCCAUGCAUUGGUCAGCCGAUAACAGACACUUGGUCUCGGCUUCUCAGGACGGAAAGUUGUUGGUGUGGGAUGCCUACACAUCCAACAAAGUCUACGUCGUCCCUCUCCAGUCUUCCUGGGUCAUGACAUGUGCCUACAGUCCCUCGGGAAACUUUGUGGCGUCGGGUGGACUUGAUAACGUCUGUUCAAUCUACAACCUCAAGACCCGCGAAGGACCCACACGACCUGUGAGAGAGCUCAGUGUUCACACAGGUUAUCUCAGUUGCUGUCGGUUCAUCGACGACAGCCAGAUUCUGACGUCAAGUGGAGAUUCCACCUGUGCCUUGUGGGACAUUCACGCAUGUCAGCAGAUUGCAAGCUUUACAGACCAUUCGAGUGAUGUAAUGCAUCUUUCAAUUUCGUCGAAUCCUGCCAUCUUUGUAUCAGCUGCCUGUGAUGCCACUGCAAAGAUAUGGGACAUUCGAUCCAGACGAUGUGUUCAGACUUUUACUGGACAUGAGUCAGAUAUUAAUGCUGUCCAGUUUUUCCCGAAUGGAAAUGCCAUUGGUACCGGAUCAGAUGAUGCAACGUGUCGAAUGUUUGAUCUGAGAGCAGAUCAUGAACUGGCCAUCUAUACUCACCCCGACAUCCUCUGCGGCAUAACCUCUGUUGCCUUUUCCCGCUCUGGACGACUGCUCUUUGCUGGUUAUGAUAAUUACGCCUGUCACAUUUGGGAUACACUCAGAUGUGAACGUGUGGGAAUCUUGAGCGGACAUGAGAGCCGGCUUUCUUGUCUAGGCAUUUCAAACGAUGGAAUGGCAGCAUGUACAGGCAGCUGGGACCAAACACUAAAGAUUUGGUCUUAA